AUGGGUACAGAUGAGGAGAGCGGUAAGGAGGGUGACGAUGCAACUGUUGCUGUUGUCUCAUUGCCGGUUAAUGAGGACGUUGAGGAUGUGCGAUCGCAGUUAAGAUCACUAUUUGCACAAUCAUUAUUGAAGGAUUUACUCGACUGUGAUGAUGCUAUAAUAGUGGAUGUGUUGGUGGGAUGGGGCAUUAGCAUACCAACUAAACACUGCUGUGAUUGGCUUACGCUUGGAGCAGCACCAAGCAAAUGCUCCAUGCCAGGUGGUGCAGCACGUCGUUUCAACAUUUGA